GCCUGAGAGCCUAUGCACACCUUGCGCUUCACCUGAGAGUUGAUUUUCAGACACAUCACCCAAGAGACCAGACCACACAUCACAGCUAUCAUGGCCCAGAAGUUCGUUGGGACCUGGAAGAUGGUGGAGAGCGAAAACUUUGAUGAUUACCUCAAGGCACUGGGUGUGGGCUUUGCUAUCCGCCAGGUAGCCGGCAGAGCCAAACCGACUAUGACCAUUUCCGUGGAUGCUGAUGGAACCAUAACUCUGAGUGGGGGAAGAAAAGAUAUCAAGUUCAAACUGAACGAAGAGUUCGAAGAGACCACUGGUGACGACAGACAGACUAAAAAUGUAGUGUCCAUGGACAAUGGCAAAAUGGUCCAGAGACAGAAAUGGGAUGGCAAGGAGACGACCAUCGUGAGAGAGUUUGUGAGCGACAACAAGUUUGUCACGACAUUUAAGCUUGGGGAUGUGGUGUCAAAGAGAACAUUCGAGAAGCAAGCAUGAGUUUGUGCACCAGCAGGACCUGAAAACCUGAGAGGAGAGACCACUCAUUUGUUCUCAUCAUUUCCUCUGGAUCACUGAAACAGAAUGAUGUUUCUCUCUCUCACUCACUCUCUCUCUCUCUCUCUCUCUGUCUCUCUCUCUCUCUCACUCUCCUAGUCAGAGUGUGUCAUGUUAUUGCUCUGUGUAUCAAUCAAGAAUCGGAAUAAAAGUUGAAUAAACAUCA